GUGUGUGCCUUUGAAUUUGAUUUGAUUAGGAAAGUGGGUUAUGCUUAUUUGUGAGAAGACGGAGCGUGUCGUUAAACCCACCCCCCUCCCCUUCUUCCUGUUGCCCAAUUCCCCAGCCGCUUAUUUCCCCCAGCCCACAAAAUGUCGGAUUCCUCCAUAAGUCGUCGGGAAAGCUCCAGAAAACGAAAGGCCGCCCAGUGCUCUCUUGGUUCGGGUGUUGACAAACCCAUUCCCGCUGCUUCUGCUGCGAACAAGACUAUGACUGCUGUAUUCAUAGAGAGAGCAGGAGGGCCAAAUGCGUUGGUGCCGCAAGAGGUUGCCUGCCCUGAACCAAAACUCAACGCUUAUGAGGUUUUGAUUAGAGUGGCAUACAUUGGAGUUAAUAGGCUAGAUUUGGAACAAAGAUUAGAGGGGCUCAAAGGAACAGAUGGAAAGAGAUUUUGCCCCGGGCUCGAAUGUUCGGGCGUUAUUGAAGCUGUGGGUGAAAAGGUUCGACAUAAAGUGGGUGACAGUGUUUGUGCCUUCCUUGACAGUGGGGGCUACACUGAAAAGAUAGUGUUACCUAGUUGGCGAGUGCUUUGCACUCCUCCAGACAUGGAUUUGCGAAAUGCUGCGUGCCUUCCAGAGGCGGCAUACACUGGUUGGAGUGCUUUAUCUCGGGCUAACCUUGGACAAGGAAAAACAAUUUUGAUGCAGAUACACGAAUCUUGUGGAGAUGUUGCAGUAUUUGCCAUACAGAUGGCAAAGUACCUGAGAGCUAAGGUUUUUGCUGCUGCAGAUAGUUUGAAAAAACAAGAGUUUUACAAGACACUAGGUGCCGAUAAGUGCUUCAAUUAUAGGAAUGCAGAUUUUGUGUCUUUAGUGCAAAGACAAGCGCGGGAAACAGGUGGCAUUGAUGUGGUCUUGGAUUCUUGGGCAAUCAAUUUACGUAAGAAUUUAAAAAUCUUAUGUAAUGGCGGUUUACUACUUUAUGUUGACGUGCAUGGUUUCUCGCUGGAAGUAUUACAAAUUGAUUCUCUGAUGUCCAAGAAUGCAAAUAUCCAAGUACUUUGUAGGUCUGACAAAAGUAUAGAUAGUAUUCAAGAAUUGAAGGCUUCGGUCUGGCCCGCAAUUUGUGCUGGACAUGUAAAACCAUUCAUUUACGAAUGCUAUCCACUCUCCCAAGCAGCAAAAGCUCACAAGGCUAUGGAGAGGAAAUAUUUCUUUCAGCGUAUGCUUUCAGCCCUAGGACCUUGGACGUCCAAAUUAGAGCGUCAUGUUUACACUGGCAUGGUAGAAAAAUGUGUGACUGGAAAAAUAUUGCUUCGUGUUGACAGCAUUGAAGAGGUCAAACGCCACAGCUAAAGCUGAAGCUGUAGACUGGUUCUCUUUCAUCAUAUAUGCGAACAUCAUAAAAGUAUAUAUAUAUAUAUUUUUUGGUGGGUAAUUUGCAAAGAGACGUGUAAAAGACGAGUUCAACUAAUUUUAAUGUCUUAGCACCAGUGUCUUUCAUCAUAUUACGUAGAAGUUAAAGCGCAGCCAGAGAGAUUUUUUUUUUUUUUUUGUGUAAGCUCUCUCUGCUAAUCUAUUAAUUCUUGUAGCUAAGUCAUCCUGCACAAAUCCCGUGUUUCCUUUA